AAGCCAAGCCGCCGCGCCCCCACCUUACCCAUAGCCACCCACCCUCCGCCGCUCCCUCCACCGGUUGUUCCACCUCCGAAUUCGACAAAUUCAACCAACCAUAAACUCGACUAUAUAAACCAUAAUUUACAAGUUCCUGAACCAUGCUCAAAAGCCAAUAAGCACUUACUCGUUAGAUCAAAAGCUCACAAGUCACGAGUGUCCAGCUUCAAUGGCGGAUUCGAUCGACGGUAAUGUUCUUGCGGCCAAAUCCCUCGCCAAAUUUGGUGUUCAGCACAUGUUUGGUGUCGUAGGUAUUCCAGUGACGUCACUCGCAACUCGCGCUGUUUCUCUGGGUAUUCGAUUUCUGGCUUUCCAUAAUGAGCAAUCUGCGGGUUACGCUGCUUCUGCCUAUGGCUACCUCACCGGUCAACCCGGGAUUUUGCUUACUGUCUCGGGGCCUGGUUGUGUUCAUGGCCUCGCUGGUCUCUCUAACGCCAUGGCUAAUGCUUGGCCGAUGGUCUUGAUCUCUGGUUCGUGUGAUCAGAAGGAUUUCGGUCGUGGUGAUUUUCAAGAGCUUGAUCAGAUUGCAGCCGUGAAACCCUUUUCAAAAUUUUCCGUCAAGGCUAAGGAUAUAAGAGAAAUUCCCAACUGCGUUGCUCAAGUUCUCGAUUGGGCCGCUUCUGGUCGACCCGGCGGAUGCUAUUUGGAUCUUCCGUCGGACGUGUUGCAUCAGAGAGUAUCGGAGGCUGAAGCUGAGAAUUUGUUAACCGAGGCUGAGAAGUCCAGAGUUAAGGAUGGAGAAGGCAUGGCAAGUCUUCAAAUUCCGAAGAUUGGGGAAGUGGCUUCGCUGCUUAGGCAUGCACAGAGGCCUUUGAUUGUGUGUGGAAAAGGAGCAGCAUAUGCUCGAGCUGAAGAUGCUCUUAAGAAGCUGGUGGAGACUACUGGCAUCCCGUUUCUGCCUACGCCAAUGGGGAAAGGUUUAUUACCAGAUACUCAUGAGCUUGCUGCUACUGCUGCUAGAUCACUUGCUAUUGGUAAAUGCGAUGUUGCUCUUGUUGUUGGGGCAAGGUUGAAUUGGUUGCUGCACUUUGGUGAGCCACCUAAGUGGUCGAAGGAUGUGAAGUUCAUCUUGGUAGACAUUAGUAAGGAGGAAAUUGAGCUGAGAAAACCGCAUGUGGGUUUAGUUGGAGAUGCCAAACAGAUUCUGGAGAAGAUAAAUAAAGAGAUUAAGGAUGACCCUUUUUGUUUGGGCAAGUCACAUCCAUGGGUAGAGGCUAUAUCAGGCAAGGCAAAGGACAAUGUGUCCAAAAUGGAGGCUCAGCUUGGGAAGGACGUCGUGCCUUUCAAUUUCAUGACGCCAAUGAGAAUUAUAAGAGAUGCCAUUUUGGCGUUGGGUAGUCCUGCGCCAAUAGUGGUUUCAGAAGGUGCAAACACUAUGGAUGUUGGUCGGUCUGUGUUGAUUCAGACGGAGCCAAGGACCAGAUUAGAUGCAGGGACAUGGGGAACAAUGGGGGUUGGCCUGGGGUAUUGCAUUGCGGCUGCAGUGGCUUCUCCUGGUCGGCUUGUAGUGGCGGUAGAAGGGGAUUCUGGAUUUGGGUUCAGCGCAAUUGAAGUUGAGACAUUAGUUAGGUACCAGUUGCCUGUGAUUGUGAUUGUUUUCAACAAUGGUGGCGUGUAUGGCGGUGACCGUCGAAGCCCAGAAGAGGUAAAUGGACCUUACAAGGACGACCCUGCGCCUACUUCUUUUGUCCCUAAUGCAGGCUACCAUAUUUUGAUUGAAGCUUUUGGGGGGAAAGGUUAUAUUGUUAAGACACCAGAAGAACUCAAAUCUGCUCUUUCAGAAGGUUUCUCUGCACGGAAACCAGCCGUUAUAAAUGUUAUCAUUGAUCCUUUUGCCGGUGCCGAAAGUGGCAGGCUGCAACACAAGAACUGACUUAAAUCUUGAUUGCCUCUUCCACUUUCUGCUUACUUCGCAUGCUUCAUCUUCAUUUUCUGUGGUAAACAUUUCAGCAGAGAAAAAUUAUAAAUAAAAUCAUAUUUAUAUUGUC